AGGAACCUAUCCAUGGAUACCUUGGUGUCUUCACAGCCAGGCAGAGGACCUACAUGUGGACUAUAACGCCCUAACUUCAUGAGAGGGGAAUAAUUUUGGGGGGUGGACACUUAAGUGGGCGCCAUCUACCCAGAGUGGAGAUGUCUGAGGAAAACCUGGGGGAAGAGUCAGGCAGCGCGCCUGUCUCUCCUGUGGACAGCCUGAGUAACAGCGAAGGGGAACUGGACAGACAGCCGAAGAGAUCUGGUAGAAAGAGGAGACAGAGCAGGAAGAACGGGGAGGACUCAGAUAGCCCGACCCCUGGGAAAAGAGGGAAGAAAUCCAGCAGCAGCAGCCCCCAGUCUUUCGAGGAGCUCCAGUCGCAGCGGGUCAUGGCCAACGUGCGCGAGCGCCAGAGGACCCAGUCUCUGAAUGAGGCGUUUGCGGCGCUGCGGAAAAUUAUCCCCACUUUACCCUCGGACAAACUAAGCAAAAUACAGACGCUAAAACUCGCAGCCAGAUACAUCGACUUUCUGUACCAGGUGCUGCAGAGCGACGAGCUGGACUCCAAAAUGGCAAGUUGUAGUUAUGUGGCUCAUGAGAGGCUGAGCUACGCCUUCUCUGUGUGGAGGAUGGAGGGUGCUUGGUCCAUGUCAACAUCACACUAACAUCUGCAGAAAUUAUGCUCUAAAUGGUACGCUUGAUUUUCGCGAAAGAAAAAAAAAGCAUGAUCUAAGCCUAAAAAUACGGGGAAAUGACCCACUGGAACUAUUUUACUACGCUUCCACUGUGGUUUAGGCCAAUGCAACCUGGUAGCUCAUUGCACAGUUUAGUUAUAAUGAACUUAUAAUGAAUUUUCAAACUUACAGGUGACUGCUGAUUCUACUUCUCACAUUCUGACGGGAUAAAUCUGGAGUCCAAUGCUGGAUACAUGGGAUCACUCUAUUUAAACCAAAGACGACUGAAGCUUUUCAUUUGAAGAGGCCCGAUGGGGACUUGCAGCCGUUUUACACCAUAAACCCUAUCAUUUUGAUGUGUUUUAAUGUUGCUGUUUGACAACGAAUGUUCAAAAUAUCAUGUGUGUAUUUUUCAAUGCAUGCCUUUGGACUUAUUUCUGUGGAGGUCAAAGUGCAUUGUUGCAGCAGUUGUCUCCGUUGUCUACUGGAGGUGUAGCUCACAUUACAGGCUGACUGUGUGGAUCUAACCU